AUGGAAACUAUGACAAUUCUUAUACUCAUUUCAUUAGCUGCUGCCAUUGUUCAAUCAGAAUAUUAUGCCAAUUACAACGAUCGAUUGGCAAGAGAUUUCAUGCAUUUUGGAAAACGUUCACCAAAUAUAAUAAUACCACAAUUGAUCGCAAUAUUGCUUCUCUAA